AUGAAGCACGCUUCUUCGGUCGAACAACUGUGCGGACGAUUGUGGACACCACAUGUUGUAAUAAAAUGCGCACAGCCAAUUAGCCACCUAAACGAGGAUUACAAUGCGAGCGCACGUGAAUCCAGCUUCCCUAGCCGGUGUGCCUCCCUUCCGCAAAACCUUAACUUGAAAGACUACCCCGGUGCCACCGUCACAAUCGCCAAAUAUCUCCCAGCGAACUCUACAAUCGACCACGCAGCCGAAGGCCGUAACGCAACAUGCAUCGCUAUGUUCGACGCUCCGCCCCUUCCGGUCAAUAUUUGCCGCUUGCAACUUCGCGUACCGACGUCCCACAGCAGCGGCGUGAUCAUGGAAGCAUGGCUCCCGGAGAACUGGUCCGGGAGAUUUCUUUCAACGGGAAAUGGUGGACUAGCGGGUUGUAUUCAGUACAGUGACAUUGCGUAUGCUACAAAGUACGGAUUCGCCGCCGUGGGGACCGAUAACGGACACCCUGGCACUUCACCGGGCGCGUUUUAUCAUCAACCAGAAGUUUUGAGGGAUUUUGUUUGGAGGGCGCUGUAUACGGGAGUAGUGGUUGGGAAGGAAAUUACAAGACAGUUCUAUGGAAAGAGGCACGCGAAGUCGUACUAUUUCGGGUGCUCGACAGGCGGACGGCAGGGUUUCAAGGCGGUCCAAGAUCACCCGGAGUUAUUCGAUGGAGUGGUUGCAGGAGCCCCCGCGAUUGAAUUUACGGGAACGCUGGGAUGGGCCACGGCUAUGAUGGCGACGUUGUGGAAUCCUGCUAGCGAGGAGUAUCUGUCGGAACAGGAUUGGCAGCAAGUUACGAAGGAGGUAGUACGCCAGUGCGACGGUAAAGAUGGCGUCAAGGACGGCAUCAUAGAAGCGGUACAGAACUGCAAGCCGGACCUAUUGAACCUAAAGUGCCGGGUCGACAACCAAUCGGAGUGGUGCCUCUCGGAGGUGAAAUUCGAAGGCCUGAAAAGAGUUUAUGGCCCUUUGGUUGACCAAGGGAUGAUCAGAUAUCCGGGCUUGACACCGGGAGCUGAAGCGGCAACUCAGGCCGGAUGGAAACUGUUCAGGGAUCUGAAUACCAUCAGUGAAUGGAUCCGCUUCGUCGUCAAAGAAGACGAACAUUACAACGUGGUCCCCACAACUCAAGAUGCCGUGGAUAUACUACGGACGAAUCCCUUCAAUAUUCGCACUUUCGAAACCGACAUCUCCAAGUUCCGCAAGCGGGGAGGAAAGGUCCUGCACUGGCAUGGCCAAGUCGAUGAGCUACUUCCCAUCGGGACCUCGGACCGCUACUACGACCUUGUCGCGCAGACUCUGAAAGCUUCUCCCAACGAGCUGGACAGCUUCUAUCGCUACUUCCGCAUCUCGGGCAUGAACCAUUGCGCGGGAGGCCCUGGUGGCUGGGCCAUCGGUCAAGCUUGGGGAACAUCUGCCAGUGACCAUCCAAACGACAAUGUGCUGCUUAGUAUCGUGGACUGGGUUGAGAAAGGGAAAGCGCCGGGGUUUAUCAGGGGAACGAAAUGGUUGAAUGACGAUCCGGCACAGGGUGUUGUUUUUACAAGAAAGCAUUGUAAGUACCCAGAUGUGAAUCGAUACUUUGGAACGGGAAAUGGAACCGAUGAGGAUGGGUGGCGAUGCGUGAGGAACGGUCAUGGAACACACUAAGGACGGACGAUCCCAGUAAUAGCGUAAUGUUGCAGCCGCUAGAUAUGUUACUUGAAAAUCUAUUGAAAGGAGCGGAACCUAGAUCGCUCGCAUGAUCUCGGCCUUGAUGCUACUCUUAGCCACAUGAGUUAGUAUUGCAAGCACAUGUAAUACAUGCGGGACCUCCUUUCUUAUCAAGCGUGCUCUCCUUUAGGCGAUGUUCAUCAUUCUUCUCUCCACCGCACUGUGGGAGAGUGGCGGCGACGCAAACCCCGACCCCGAGGCCGCGGAGACUGAAGUAAACGCGCGCAUUGCAUUGGGAAGACCAUUAGGAAGCUGCGAUAAGGCC